UAUAUCGACAUUAGCCAGCAUUUAGUACGUUUAUAUUUUGUAAUGUUGCUAAUCCAUGCUCGUUCGUGGUGUUUUCUGUUGCUGUUGUUUAGAAGUGGAAUCUCACAAUACAUGAUCAUAGCGUCAAAAUUGGGCUUGCGUCAAGUAAUGUAUGCAUAUACUGUAUCGGAUGACAUACAAGACCAAUCGCUCGAGUUCACCACAAUACCGUUUACGAUAACUGCAGACGCGUUAUCGUACAAUCCCGUCGACGAAAUGGUUUAUUGGGCGGACGCUUUGAGCAUCAGGAGGGUGGCGUUAGACGGGACAAAUGACGAAACACUGAUUAGCAAAGGAACACGCGCACUGACAUUAGACGUGGAACGCCAGUCAAUGUAUUUUUACGAUGCACUCACCUGGUAUAUGAAAUCUUGUGACGUCACUGGGGCAAAUUGCCAAAACCUGUUUAUGUUGGCCGGCGGCGUCCCUAUCAUUUCCAUGAAAUUUGAUGAAAGCAUGCAGUGUGAACGAGAAGAAUUUGGAGAGGCACUUCUGCUGUCCUCUUCGGCAGGUCAAAAGAUUUUCUAUACUUACGUGAGCUACGCGGGAAUUUGGUCAGUAAAUGCUGAUGUUGGAAGCGAUGGGUCACAAGGAGCAGCCUCGAUAACAACAACUACAACAGUACAGCCCACAACAAGUGGAGAAAGAUUGACUACAGAAACAGCAGCUACAACAGUACAGUCCACAACAAGUGGAAACAGAUUGGCUUCAGAAACAACAGCUGCAGCUGUGGUACAGCCAACAACAAGUGGAGAAAUAAUGACGUCAGAAACAACAGCUACAACAAUACAGGCCACAGCAAGUGAAGAAACAAUAACUUCAGGUUGGUUGAUAUGA